AUGAACGAUAAGAAAAGGCACGAGCAUUGUGCAAGCCAUGUGGAUCGAGAUGCAGAAAAUGGAAAAGCCAUCCUUAUGAGCUAUCUUCCCAACCAUCUUCAACCAAAGCAUCUUGAUAAUCUUAAAAAUCUGAAGGGUAGAAAAAAUCUCCUUGUUUCAUGCUAUACUACAGGUGGGAAAAAUCCAUGUUUAUGGAGUACUAAGAUCCCUAGAAGGAAACGUUCACGAGUGCUGUACAAGAAGAAGAUAUCACCAAUGAAGAAGUUUCGAAAACAACUUCUCGAAUUGUGGAAAAAAUACGGGAACCUAGAUGAGUCAUCCCAGGAAGAGAUCUUGUUGUUCAAUAACGUAAAUAACUUCAUACCUAGUUAUGAAAUAGGCCUUGGAGGUGUUCUUCUUAAACCAGAUGAUACUUCUACAUAG